AUGUCAAAAAAGGAAUUUCUGGAAAAGGUAUUACCGUUAGAUUCUAUUAUACCAAGAGAUUUGUUUCGAGAAUUGGUAUCUUACUAUUUAAUAGAUAUCCGUUCAGACGAUCUUAUAUUACCAGCUACUUGCUAUCCAUACACAGAAAAAAUUGAGGAUGACUCAUCCACUGUGGUAUCGACAGAAUCAAUCAUAGACUCUGUGUUAAUCGAUUGGCAAACUGUCGCAUGGUUUGCUUGUUGUAUACAGCAAUCAGAAACAACACAAAAAUUGGAUGAUUUUCUAGAAUGUCCAAGUGAAAUACCUUUUAUAUUCACUUUGCUAAUGCGAGGCAGCGAAGUAUGUGCUACAGCACCGAAAUUUCAUAAUCUGUGCGAUUAUGAAGGACCAACUAUCACCAUAAUUAAGAUAUUUGGUACGGAUGAAAUCAUUGGAGGCUAUAAUCCCAACCAUUGGAGUAAAGAUAACAGGAACCCGAGAACCAGGAAGAGUUUUCUGUUUGCUAUUGGACGAAAUAACUAUGAACAUGUGAUCAGUAGAGUUGUCAAUACUACAUAUGCUGUUCAUUCUUCUCAUGAUCUUGGCCCAUGCUUUGGAUUCAGUGACCUCCGAAUUGAAGACAAUUUUAUGCAUGGGCAUUAUAGCUACGCUAGGCAUGAUGAUUACGAAGGUCCAAUACGAGAAAGUACAGACAGCUUUAGAAUAGAAGAAAUUGAAGUGUUUAGGGUAGAGCAAAAGAGAAAGGAACUACUAUCUGCAUAA